AUGCACGCGAUGUGGAAGCCCCGAAAGCUCAAGUACAUUUACCUAUUGGCCACAUUGUAUGUUUUCACUCUGACCUUACCAUCGGCCUCCGCAAUGUAUUGGGCGUACGGAGAUCAACUUCUCACUCAUGCUAAUGCAUUCUCUCUCCUCCCGAGAACUGGUUGGCGUGAUGCUGCCGUUUUCAUUACGUUCGAGUUCGCAUGCACGCCGUUGUACUUUGUCUGGGAGAAAGUAAUCGGAAUGCACGACACGAGAAGCAUAUGCUUGAGGGCGCUUGCUAGGCUCCCUGUUGUGAUACCGAUUUUGUUUUUGGCCAUAAUUUUUCCGUUUUUCAGCCCGAUCAACUCCGCGGUGGGAGCCCUAUUAGUGAGCUUCACCGUUUACAUUAUCCCGUCGCUUUCACAUAUGCUCACGUAUAGGAAAGCCUCCACUCGACAGGUAUUUUUCGAUCUUUUAUAA